CAUUUAUUCUCCUCUUUCACUUCUCUUGCGAGUUUUCGCCUUCAGCCUCUCCUGUAGCAUGGUCGUUAAGGGGAUCGUCAUUGCACUUGCGCUAAUAGCCCUCAUUCGCUACCUCUCACGGGAAACAUCGCUCGACAUGAUAGGGAAGUAUAUUACCGACUGGUAUACCACCACGUUUACAAACAAGCAGCAGAAACAGAUGAAGCUCCGGGAAUCACCCAUUUACCACGAGCAGCAGUGCUUCUGGCUUUGCGCCAAGCACUCCCUGAACAAUGUCCUGCAGCACGAAGUGUACACCCAGGCGGACUUGGAGCGCAUUGCGCGGUAUCUGCACGACAUACAUCCGGAGCAGAGCGGGUGGCUCAAGUUCAACUCGCACAAGAACUUCCUCGGGUUCGGCGACUACGAUGUCAAUGUGAUGAUCUCGGCACUGCAGGAGCAGGGCUACGACCUUCUGUGGCACGACAACCGCCGGGACAUCGAGGAAGCGGAUCUGAGUAACUGCAUUGGGCUGAUUAUCCAUAUCCAGCCCGACUGGUUCUUCCGCCGUGGCCACUGGUUCGGCAUCAAGUAUUUCGAUGAGACCUUGACCGUGCCACACGUCCCCAAGGUGUAUGUUGGCCAGCCCAGAACGGCAAGGUCCGCUGCCGAGAGGGAGUCGCACGAUUAUGAGACCAGGACAUACGACUCUGGGUUCUGGAACCUGGACUCGAAAAUUCCGCACCCCGAGCACAUUGGCGACCGGCAAAAGUUGAAUGAGUUCCUGCGGAACUUGUACAAAAAGAACCGCGUGCAUGUCCUGCUCAUUGUGCCCGUCACACACUCAUCCGCCUCAUCUUCGAUAUAAUUGCCGCCCUCUUCCACAUGUCUGUGUUUUUAGUGGCGUCCAGUACAUUGCAGUCUGUACUUUACCAUUAUUUUACUCUCAGGGAUAGCAAAGGAAGAGAGAUAGCGAGCGAGAGUGAGAAGAGGGAGUGCCGGUGGCGCAUUGCCAAAUGCCGGGCUUGCUAUGUAGAAACAACUUGUCCUGUACUUUUAGUAUAUUUGACUGUCAAUAAUGAGACGC